GAGAGCCAUUCCAAGCUGCAGUUAUGUCGGCAGAAAAGCGCCCAGCUUCAGAUGCUUUCGGCUCUUCACAAAUGGUUGUGAAGAGGCCAAACCUCGGAAACAACAACAAGGCUGUAGCUGUCGUUAAUGGAUCAGGUGGAAAUGGCGCACUUAUACAAGCGGUCCCUCGAACGAGUGGGCUGCAAGCCCCAGUAAUGGAGCUCAGUGGUCACUCUGGAGAGGUAUUCUGUGCGCAAUUUGACCCGAACGGGAAUUAUAUUGCUUCUGGUUCAAUGGACAGGUCAAUCAUGUUAUGGAGAACCUAUGGCGCAUGCGAGAACUAUGGCACUCUGACGGGCCAUAAAGGGGCAGUAUUGGAUUUACGUUGGUCGCGAGAUUCGAGGGUACUAUUCUCAGCAUCUGCAGAUAUGCACCUGGCCAGCUGGGAUCUAGAGACUGGAACGAGGAUACGGAGACACGUUGGACACGAAGAAAUCAUCAAUACCAUGGAUAUCAGUAGACGAGGCGAGGAACUGCUCAUCAGCGGCUCAGAUGAUGGGUAUAUUGGUAUCUGGGAUCCUCGGACGAAGGCAGCGGUCGAUUUCAUACCCACCGAGUUUCCAGUUACUGCGGUAGCAUUGGCCGAGGCUGGGAAUGAACUGUACUCUGGAGGGAUUGAUAAUGACAUCAAGGUAUGGGACAUGAGGAGAAAAGCCGUCGUGUACUCUAUGCUGGGACACACCGACACUAUAUCGUCUCUCCGAGUAUCGCCGGAUUCCCAGACACUACUGUCAAAUUCGAUGGAUUCGACUGUGCGAACUUGGGAUAUCCGACCCUUUGCUCCUGCUGAGAGGCAUAUUCGAACAUUCGAUGGCGCUCCUACUGGCCUAGAGAAGAACCUUAUCAAGGCCAGCUGGGGAUCUGACGGAAAGAAGAUUGCUACAGGUGCUGGUGAUGGGACCGUUGUGAUUUGGAACAGCGAGACCGGAAAGCUGAUGUAUAAGCUUCCUGGGCAUAAGGGGACUGUGAACUGUGCGGAGUUGUCUCCAUCGUCAGACCCUAUUAUACUCUCCGGAUCCUCCGACCGAAACCUGCUACUGGGUGAAUUGAAAUGAGACAAGCCGAGGUACUUCUAGAAGGAGAUGACAAUGCAUAUUAUUGCAUCUUUCCCACGGGGAAUUGUGGGCAAGGGAAAAGCUUACGGAUAUUUCAUGGACAAGAGAGCAAAGGGGUAUUGGAGCUAACAGGAGUUUGGAGUCGUGACUCGUGGCGUUAUAUACCGGCACCCUACCUCCGUGUGCCCCUGUUUGAUACCUGUGAGAACUUAAGAACAUGAAUCGAGGACAAACGCAUAUGGCUGCAUCUAUAUCGAUAGCAGAAAUUACAACAGAUAUGUAUCUGUUGUUUGAAGAUAGAAUAAAAGACAGUGCCAG